ACGUUACGUCAGCACGUGCGAGCGUAAGCGCUGGGUCUUGGGAAUAGAUGGUGGGACCCUUCGGCGCGUGUUGGCGGUUAAGAGGUUCUCUCGGUUGGGUUCUGCAGUUCUGACCUCAUGGCGGAGAUCAUUCAGGAACGCAUAGAAGAUCGACUUCCUGAAUUGGAACAGCUGGAGCGCAUUGGACUGUUCAGUCAUGCGGAAAUUAAGGCUAUCAUUAAGAAGGCCUCGGAUCUAGAAUACAGAAUACAGCGAAGAGCUCUUUGUAAGGAAGACUUUAUCAAUUAUGUUCAAUAUGAAAUUAAUCUUUUGGAGCUGAUCCAGAGAAGAAGAACUCGCAUUGGGUAUUCAUUUAAGAAGGAUGAGAUUGAGAAUUCUAUUGUACACCGGGUACAAGGUGUCUUCCGACGUGCUUCAGCAAAGUGGAAAGAUGAUGUUCAACUUUGGCUAUCCUAUGUUGUCUUUUGUAAGAAAUGGGCUACCAAAGCUCAACUUAGCAAGGUAUUCUCUGCCAUGUUGGCCAUUCAUUCAAACAAGCCAGCUUUGUGGAUUAUGGCUGCCAAAUGGGAAAUGGAAGAUCGCUUGUCUUCAGAAAGUGCAAGACAACUAUUUCUUCGAGCUCUGCGCUUUCAUCCACAAUGCCCGAAACUUUAUCAAGAAUACUUCAGGAUGGAGCUGAUGCAUGCUGAGAAAUUGAGGAAGGAAAGGCAAGAAUUUGAAAAAGCCAAAAUGGAUGUGGGACACCUUGAUUAUCCUGAAGAAAUCCUUACAGGCGAAUUGGCACGGAUCAUCUACAAAAAUUCUGUAAGCAUAAUUAAAGGUGCAGAGUUUCAUGUGUCACUGCUUUCAAUUGCACAGCUAUUCGACUUUGCCAAAGAUCUGCAAAGAGAAAUUUAUGAAGACCUCCAAGCUCUGCACACAGAUGACCCUCUCACUUGGGAUUAUGUGGCACGGAGAGAAUUAGAGAUCCAAGCGCAGCCAGGAGAAGAGCAGCCGGCCACGAAACAUGCCAAAGUGGUAGAGAUGGGCCGGAAGGAGGAGCGGUGCAGUGCUGUAUAUGAAGAAGCAGUAAAGACUCUCCCUACAGAGGCCAUGUGGAAGUGUUACAUCAACUUUUGCUUGGAAAGGUUUAGUAAGAAGACAAAUAGCCCGUCCCUCAGAGCGAAGAGGCUGGAAAAAACCAUGACUGCAUUCAGGAAGGCACAUGAACUCAAGGUUCUACCAGAAUGCCAAUACAAGCAGUGGAUUGAGUUGUUGCUGCACCAUGACUUCUUGAAGGAAGCUCUGCAGGUGGCGGUAGCCGGCACUGAAUUGUUUAGGGACUCCGUAAUGAUGUGGCAGAUGCAGCUGCAGGUGCUGAUAGACUCAAAGAGCCCUGACGUAGCCAGACUUUUUCAAGAAGCCUUUGUGCACCUGAAGCCCCAGGUUUGUCUGCCAUUGUGGAUUUCUUGGGCAGAGUGGAGUGAAGGUGCCAAAAGCCAAGAAGACACUGAAGCCAUCUAUAAGAAAGCUAUCUUAGCUGUCAUUGGUGCCGACUCAGUCACCCUGAAGGAUAAGUACCUGGAUUGGGCCUAUCGAAGUGGUGGCUACAAAAAGGCCAGAGCUGUGUUUAAAAGUUUACAGGAAAGCCGUCCAUUUUCAGUUGACUUUUUCAGGAAAAUAAUCCAGUUUGAAAAGGAGCAAGAAUCCUGCAAGAUGGCAAACUUAAGAGAAUAUUAUGAGAGGGCUUUGAGAGAGUUUGGAUCUACAGAUUCUGAUCUUUGGAUGGAUUAUAUAAAAGAAGAAUUGAACCACCCUCUUGGUAGACCUGAGAACUGCGGACAAAUCUACUGGCGAGCCAUGAAAAUGUUGCAGGGAGAGUCAGCAGAGGUGUUUGUAGCUAAACAUGCUAUGCAUCAAGCCGGCCAUUUGUGAAAAGAGGAAGAACAAGCCAACUUUGUGAAAUAGUGUUGUAAGCCUUCUGGGUAGAUUGGUGUUAGGAGUUCAUCUACAAUUUGCUUAGAGAUGGCAGACAAGAAGGCUCUCUGAUUUUGAGACAUGCUUUAAUUUU